AUGGAAACAAGAUACUCCAAAAGGUUGAAGGAGCUUCUCAAGGCCGUGAACGGAGGUGCUAACGGCGAGGACCGGAUCAGCGAUCUCCCGGACAGUCUCCUUCAUCACAUCCUCUCUCUUCUUCCUAUCAGAGAUGUCGUACGAACUUCGAUCCUAUCGAAAAGAUGGAGAUCUCUCUGGGCUUCUGUCCCCCAUCUUGAUUUCACCACAUCCAGCCUCUCUCCUAUCACUCCCACGAAAAGGCAAAAGCGGACCGUCAAACGGAUACGCCGGUACACACAUAGAAGCAGUAUGGAGGUCGUCGAUCGAGUAUUCGCUCAACGCAACAAAAAUGCUGACAUAACCAGACUACGUUACUCUGGUGAUUGCACAUUCUCCUGUUUCCACGGUUGGAUCCGUCAUGCAGUGAGGUGUAACCUUCAAGAACUCGAUCUCAAAGUCUCCAUGGCGGACAUCUAUGGUUUUGGUUUGCCUCGUUGUCUCCUGACUUGUGGAUCACUGAAGAUCUUCAAAUUAGAAUCCAAUUUCCUGGGCCUAUCAUUGACAGCUGCGUCGGUGGCGGCCAGCGGUGGUUUCCGGUCACUCCAUGCCUUGUCACUGUCGAAGGUCAGGUUCAUCGAUGCUUCUUUGGUUGCGGAUUUGUUUUCUAAUUCCUGCUUCCCUGUCCUUAAGAAAUUGAAUCUGAAUUUCUGCGAAGGAUUGAACCACCUCAACAUUUGUUGUUCUUCAAUGGAAGAUAUUACCCUAAAAUCUUGUGAACUAACUGAUCUGGACGUUGAAGUGACAAGACUAGAGAGGCUGCAUGUGGUGAAUUGUUUCAAGUAUGGCAAAGAGAGGAGCUGCGUUAGAAUAUCUGCCCCAAGUCUCCGAACCAUGUAUUGGGCGUGCAAUUCUAUUACCGACAACAGCUCUCUGGAGAACUUAACAUCUCUCCAAGAGGCUACCGUUGAUUUCCUUUUACCCAAUCACACCAUGACUACACAAAAGCUCUACAGCCCAGCCAAGCUUUUAUCUGGACUCUCUCAUGCCCGAAGUUUAGUAAUCAAAACAACAUGCGUUGAGGUAUCUUAA